UGUUUCUUUUUUAUAUAACCAUCCCUCUAGUGUAUAUUUUAUACUAACUCUACUCAUUAUUAAGCUUACAAAGUUAAAGAAAGUGUUGUCCUUUGGAAUACUUUAAUGGGGAUAAUCAAUGACCACUUACUACGAAGAUCCCAAAUCUUACAACUAUCAUUAAGAUAUACAAAAAGUAAUGUGUAAUGGUCUUAAUGGAUUACAUAAAAACGUAUUAGACUAAUUUGAUCAUCCUCCAUCAUAAAAUGUAUAUAAAUACAGAGUCCUUGUUCUAUCAAACAUAUCCAUCAACAAAAUCCUCAUCUUUGAUUCUUGAUUUUGUAAGCAUUAAAAAAAAAAUGGGUGUUAUGGAGAAGAAACUUCGUUCACUAAAAUGCGAAGUGAGAAUAGCAGAAGCAAGAAACGUAGAGAUCAAGUCUCAAGCUAGUACUCUGUUCAUUAGAUUCUAUCUCUCUGCAGGAUACAACAGAAAGAUCGAAGUAAACACGAGACAGAUCUCUUCAAAAUCAGACCAGCUCAUGUGGGAUCAAUCUUUUGGUCUUGAGUGUCAAGGGAACGAAGCAGCAGUUCAAGAAAUGAAGCAACAGAGAAUUGUUUUCGAGCUACGGAGGAAGAAGACAUCGUCGUUUCUUAGGAAGUCAUCAAGAUCUGAGGUUGUUGGGACAGGAGAGGUUUCAUGGGAAUCAGUUUUUGAGUCACCGGGCAUGGAGAUUGAGAGAUUUGUGGUGAUGGAUGACUCCAAAAGCCCGGUUUUUAGAGAUGAGAAACCUAUGUUGUUGAAGGUAGCUUUAAAGGUCCAAGCUUUAGAAGAAACGGAGAAGAAGAUGAACAAGAAAGAAGAAAGAUUAGAGAAGCUUUGUUCUGUGUGUAGUAGUAGUAGAGAUUGUGGAAGCUGUAGUUGCUUAGAUUAUGAAGCUUUUGCUUUAGCCUGUGCUUUAGAUUGUAUUUAAAGAAAAAAAAAAAAAAAAAAGAUUUUGAUUCAAAUUAACAAACUCAAACGAACAUUGGUGAUAAAUAGUUGCAGAAGCAGUUUCACAACUCUUUUAUUCAAAACAAACCAGGCAGAAUAAUAAAAAGGGGACAUCAGAAAUUGAAACAGUUUCAAACAUCACCAUGUCCGAGAA